AUAGUUGCAGCAAUAAUGGCAAUCACAGGAAUCGUAAUGAUGGCAUAUGCAGAUGGUUUCCAGGGUGAUUCAAUUAUCGGGGUAGCAUAUGCUGUUGGAUCAGCCUCUACAUCUGCAUUGUAUAAGGUUUUGUUCAAAAUGUUUCUUGGAAGUGCGAACUUCGGGGAAGCGGCUCAUUUUGUUUCUACCCUAGGCUUCUUCAAUUUAAUUUUCAUCUCUGUUACCCCGAUCAUACUGUAUUUUACAAAAGUGGAGUACUGGUCCCCCUUCUCUGCUGUGCCGUGGGGUUACCUGUGUGGAGUAGCCGGCCUCUGGUUAGCUUUCAAUAUUCUGGUUAAUGUUGGAGUCGUGCUUACAUACCCCAUUCUCAUCUCUAUCGGCACAGUGCUCAGCGUCCCUGGAAAUGCAGCUGUGGACCUGUUGAAGCACAAAAUGAUCUUCAGCGUGGUGAGGUUGGGAGCCACCAUCAUCAUUUGCAUUGGGUUUCUGCUCAUGCUGCUCCCUGAGGAAUGGGAUGAAAUAACCCUGAGGUUCAUCAACAGCUUGAAAGAGAAGAAAAGUGAGGAUCAUGCCGACGACAUCACAGACUCCAGCGUACACACGAGAAGCAGAAGUAGAGCUAACGGGACAGUGUCUAUACCACUAGCAUAGGGCUGGUGGACUGUAACUGCACGUAGAUGUAUAUUCUGUGAAUAUAGCUUAAAUUUCCUCACUACUUGUAUGCUUAAAAAUGACAUUUACUCUGGACUGGGGAUGAACUGUAAGAUAAGAGACAUACAUCUAUAAUAAAUGUUUACAUUUAUACACUUAUCAAGGAACGGGUGUAAAUAACUACAAUAAAAUGUUUUGUAAUAAAAAA